AUGCUCAAACCAACCCUCCGUAUCGCGGUCCUCGAGUGUGACGAGCCCGUCGGCAAGACGAAAGAGAAAUAUGGCGGCUACGGCAACCUCUUCGCCGAACUGCUCAACAACGGCGCCGACCUCAUGGUGAAGAAGGACGGCGUCAAGCGACCUCAUUUAGACAUCAGCAAAUACAACGUUGUGAAUGAAGAGAUAUUUCCCUCCUUCGACGCCGUGGACGCGGUGCUGAUGACCGGAAGCAAAUAUAACGCCUUUGACAACGAUCCUUGGAUUCUUAAGUUGGUGGAGUAUACGAAGAAAGUCCUGGCGCAAGAUCGCGUGCGCUUGAUAGGCGUCUGUUUCGGGCACCAAAUCAUCGGCCGCGCGAUGGGGAGUAAGGUGGAUCGAAGCGAUCAGGGGUGGGAGAUUUCGUGUACGCCUGUUACGUUGACGGAGAAGGGGAAGGAACUUUUCGGCGUACCAAAGCUCGCAAUCAACCAAAUGCACCACGACAUCGUCUACACCCACCCCUCUUCCGUCGAGCCACUCGGCCAUUCCGAUCGAUGUGAAGUACAGGGCAUGUACAGCCCACGACGCCUGAUCAGCACACAGGGCCACCCGGAGUUCGGCGCCGAAGUCAUCACGGAACUCCUGCAACGACGGCAUGAGCAGGGCGUUUUCGACGAUGCGAUGUUCGAGGAGGCUCUGACUCGGGCGAAUGAUCAUCACGAUGGCGUUGCGGUGGCGGCGGCUUUCGUGCGGUUCUUGUUGGAAGAUUGA